AUGUCUGCGAUGAUACUCAGUAAAAUUUGCAUUUUCUUUCCGAAAAGGAUCAUAGAGGAAACGGAGCGCAAUUUCACACUCCGUUUCAGUGAAUUGUCUGCUAUCGUUAACACCUGUUCACAUCCCGAAUUGGUCUUCCUUCGGCAAGUGAUUGAACCUUUAUUAAAGCGGGACUUCAUACGCCAGCUUCCACUGGAAGUUUCCUUACGAAUCUUAUCCUACUUGCCCACACGUGACCUACUGAACUGUGCCAAGGUCUCUCGUCACUGGAACACAGUCACAUCGGACCCGUUACUUUGGUUCAGACAAUGUCAGCGAGGCAAUAUCCUCGGGGACCUUUUCACAUCUCUCAAUCACAACACCGGGCACGCCUCCAAACCUAUCUCACCACGCUCUUUUGCUGCUGGCCACCUCGGAUUACCCGUAUCAACUUAUUGCUCUGAAGUAGAUACCGACAGUGAUUCCUGUACUGUUGUGACGCCCGAAACACCACUGGUCAAUUGGAAGGCUGUCUAUCGAAGAAGCUUGCAAACUCAAUGUAACUGGCGCAAGGGUUGUUCGUGGCCCCCCACAGUUCUACCCGCUCAUCAUAAUCACGUGAUCACCUGCCUUGAGGUGUACAAUGACUGGGUCAUCACCGGAUCGGAUGAUUCAAGCAUAUGCAUUUGGAGUGUAACCCGCGGUGAACUAGUCAUCAAUCUAUUCGGGCACGUUGGAGGCGUUUGGUCUCUGGCGGUGCUAACCUCGAAUCCUUCGGGCACUGGUGGGUCGCCCUUACUGGUCUCUGGUAGUUGCGACCGUACUGCCCGCGUGUGGUUACUCGAUGGCACUCGUUGGCCGUGCGUUGCCACUUUGUUCGGACACCAGUCCACUGUUCGCUGUGUGGCCGCUCAGAUGCCACAUGUGGGACAUACGCAGGAGAGGAUGGCAACUGGCCGGUUACCUGACGCGUGCUUCAAAGGCUCACAACGUUCACAAUUUGAAGUUCUAUCAGAUCAAUCGGCGGAUCUUACGGGUGAUGUGUCUCUGGGUUACUCAGCGGACUCUCACUUGGUGGUCACAGGUAGUCGUGAUACAACACUACGUUUGUGGGACGCACUAUCCGGUCGGUGCAUCCACGUUUUUCGAGGUCAUCGUGGCGCCAUCCGUUGCGUUCAGUUCACAGGGACCAACGUAGUCUCUGGCAGUUACGACUGUACUGUGCGUUUAUGGUGCAUCCGCACAGGGAACUGUGUGCGCGUACUGAACGGACACAAGAAUCGCGUCUACACUCUGCUCUACGAUGGAUGUCACAUCAUCAGCGCAAGUCUGGACACUACAAUCCGGGUAUGGGACGCCCGUACUGGUGCAUUGAAGCAGUUAUUCUGUGGACAUCGUUCGCUGACCAGCGAAAUGGCGUACGGUCACAAUCAGGGCAUUCUGGUGUCGAGCAACGCGGAUGAGACAAUCCGUGUGUGGAAUCUGGAGACCGGAGAAUGCAUCCACACACUCUCAGGAAAGUUGGCUCCUGUUUGAUCACUUGGAUAACUGGUGUGCACCGCAG